AUGUCUGUACACCUAAAAAAAGCUGCCUUCUUGGCAGCUCUUUCUUUAUUUUUGCUUUUUAGUUUUUUUCUUUUUUCCCCUGCUGCAGCUUUGCUGCUGCGAGCAGCAAAGCUGGACUCUGCGCUGAGUCCCAGCAGCAGCUUUGCUGCCAGCAGCUUCGUGCAGAGGUCCCGGCUGGGCCACAAAAAGAACAAGAAGCCAAAGAAGAAGCAGCAGCAGCAGCAGCAGCAAUCCAUGCCGCUGCUGCCAGAGGAUCUCCCCUACUUACAAAUGGCCGAAGCCGAUCUCUGGCGGCCCAGAGGAGAGUCGGGGGACUCUAGCUGGGAAGAAGACCCAGUGGGCGAGCGAGACCCAGCAGCAGCAGCAGCAGCAGCAGCAGCAGCAGGGUCUGCCUCAGCUCCUGCUGCAGUCGGCAGAAGGAAUGUCACCUUGGGAGAUGUCCUCGGCAGCAGCAGCAGCAGGCGGCCCCGGCGGACUCCCCGAAGAGUUCCUUCAGUGAAGAUUGGCAGAGUACAAAGAGACGCAGAAAGUAGAAGAUGGCUGCAGCAGCAAGCAGCAGGAACAGCAGCAGCAGCAGCAGCAGCAGAAGCGGGGGGCCCCGAGGCGCCCCGUGCGCCCACUAUGCCCCUGCCCCCCCUUCCCCCGGGGCCCAGCAGCGCAGCAGCAGCAGCAGCAGCAGCAGCAGCACCAGCUGAAGAUGAUGAGCACUUGUACGCGGAGAUAGGUUCUGCAGCGUCGCACUCGGCGCCGAGCAGCAGCCGCAGCAGCAGCAGGAGCAGCAGCAGAAGGAGCAGCAGCAGGAGGAGAAGCAGCAAACCCAAACGAAGGCUCCCUUCUGCGCUGCGGCGGAAGCUGCAAACCCCCAAAACGAGAGACAUUGUAGAACUGACACAGUGGGCAGACGAAGUUUCAACUCUUGUCUCGGAAUCGGGAUCGGGAUCGGGGGCUGUGGGGCAGCAGCAGCAGGAGGAGGGGGACGAAGAGCCGAUCUUCGGGUCGUUUACGCCCAGGGCGGGGCACACCAGCGGGCAGCAGCAGCAGCAGCAGGAGCAGCAGCAGCAGCAGCAGGAGCAGCAGCAGCAGGAGCUGCUGGCGCCGCCGCAGCCAAAACCCCGCAGGUUCGGCCCCAGGAGAAUACUCCAGGGGGCCCCCGGGUGGAGACCAACUCCAAAACCCCGGACCCUUCUGAAGGCUACUAUGAGUCACUCGCCGGACUCUGCUGCUGCUGCUGCUGCUGCUGCUGCUGCAGCAGCAGAAGGCGAGGGCGCAGCAGCCACACCCAGGACAGCACCUACACCUCCCAGGAGGGUGGGGCUCGAGCAGGUGCUGCAGCAGAUGCAGCUGCAGGAUGGAGAGCAGCAGCAGCAGCAGCAAGAGGAAGAGCAGCAGCAGCAGCAGCAGGCUGCAGCAGCAGCAGCAGAUGACGAUGAGGGGCCCCCCGACUUCAUUCCCCCGCCGCCGCCAUUCAGAGGGCCGCGGCCCCCAGAGGAGCCUUAA